AGAAGGAAAACAGAAUCGGACCGCCGGGCGCCAGGGAUCCCGCCCGAGCGCCUUUUAAACUGCGUUUCUCCAACCUCUCUCGCGCUCGGCGCCGCGGCUAAUGGAACCCGCGCGAGGCGCGCCGCCAAUCACCGCCGCGCUUCCUCCCGCCGCCCGCCAAUGGCGGCGCGCCUUGUUGGGGCGUGGGCGAAGCAGGCAGCUCUCCCUCGGGGCUGUAGUGUGUGGGCUGGGGUUGGUGCGGGCUUUGGGUUGGCCGCACUUGGUCGGUAGUUGUGCUGCGGGGGGCUUUUGUGCCCGGGCCGGGCCUGGCUUUGUGUGGUGUCUGCGCUAAGGGCGCUCCUCGCGGGCCGGAGCCGUGAGGCUCGGAGGCGGCGGCGCGGCCCCGGGCCGAGGAGCGAGCGCGCCGGCGUGAGCGGCGCCCUGGGAAAGGCUGCGUGCGGGGAAGGGGAUUCGCCAGCUGCCGAGAUGCCGGAGUUUCUAGAAGACCCCUCGGUCCUCACCAAAGACAAGUUAAAGAGCGAGUUGGUCGCCAACAAUGUGACGCUCCCGGCCGGAGAGCAACGAAAGGACGUUUACGUGCAGCUCUACCUGCAGCACCUCACGGCGCGCAACCGGCCGCCGCUCGCCGCCGGCUCCAACAGCAAGGGGCCCCCGGACUUCUCCAGCGACGAGGAGCGCGAGCCUACCCCGGUCCUCGGUUCCGUGGCCGCCGCGGGCCGGAGCCGUGCCUCCGUCGGCAGGAAAGCUACAAAGAAGACUGAUAAACCCAGACUAGAUGAUAAAGAUGAGCUAGAUGUAACAGAGCUCACGAAUGAAGAUCUUCUGGAGCAGCUUGUAAAAUAUGGAGUAAAUCCUGGUCCUAUUGUGGGAACAACCAGGAAGCUCUAUGAGAAAAAGCUGCUGAAACUGAGAGAACAAGGAACAGACUCAAGAUCCUCUACUCCUUUACCAACAAUUUCCUCUUCAGCAGAAAAUACAAGACAGAAUGGAAGCAAUGAUUCGGACAGAUACAGCGACAAUGAAGAAGGAAAGAAGAAAGAACACAAGAAAGCGAAGUCCACUAGGGGUUUUGUUCCUUUUUCUGAACUUCCAGCUCCUCCCUCUGGUGGAUUUUUUCAGGGUAUUUCUUUUCCUGAGAUUCCCACCCGUCCUGCUUUGGGCAGGACUGAACCCCAGGCAGCUAAGGGAGCCCCACCUGGGGAGCCUGUCCCCCCUCCAGCCUUGCCUGGCAGGGGACAGAGGCAGCAGAUGGCCUCUGCAGGGGACGUGUUAGCUCCCUCCAGGCCUAGCCAUGAUAGGAGUGUAGAGAAAAGCUCCUGGUCGUCUUCUCAGCAUGAACUCACUGCCAUGUUGCCCUCUGCUGCGGCUUCUCCUUCAGUGAUUAAGGAAACCACCACCACUCGCUAUAGAGACGUAGUAGAGAACAUUUACCACGGAGAGAAAAGUGGAAUGCGGCCGCUAUGUGCGGAGAGGUCCCAUUUUCCAGAUCAGUCUGUUCUCUCCAGGGAAAGGGAAGUUCUAGAGGAGUCCGAAAGAUCAGAAGUGAUUUCUCCCUCACUUGCUCAGGCAAUCAGAGAUUAUGUCAAUUCUCUCUUGGUCCAGGGUGGGGUAGGAAGUUUGCCUGGGACUUCUAACUCCACAUCCACACUGGAUGUGGGAAACAUAUGGAAGAUAAUUGAUCGAUCUAGAUCUCAAGAAGGUGAAACCAUGUCUCCUCCACGAAAAUUACGUAGACUCAGUGAGAAGACCGUAGAGGAAAGGGAAUCAGGGUCCCUUGUGGCGUGUCAGGAUGUGCCUGCACCCGAACAAAUGUCUUCCCUUGCCAAAACUGUUGUCUCUCACUCACUCACCAGCUUAGGCAUGGAGAUGUCUAAGCACUUGCAGCAUGAUAAAGUAGAUCCCUCAGAGCUGUCUUUUCCCUUCCAUGAAUCUAUUUUAAAAGUAGUUGAAGAGGAGUGGCAGCACAUCGACAGGCAGCUGCCUUCACUGGCAUGCAAGUAUCCGAUUUCUUCCACAGAGGCAACACGUAUAUUAUCGGUUCCAAAACUAGAUGAUGAAAUCCUAGGCCUUACUUCUGAAGCCUCUGCACUGAAAGGCACUGAGGCACCCCCCACCGAACCCUGUGACCAGCACUUAGAGUCCGCGCUCUGCAGAGCCUACGAGGCAGCAGCGUCUGUGCUGCGGGCGGCGACCCACACUGCCUUCGUAGUUAAGGCCAUGCAGGCAGACAUCAGUCAGGCUGCACAGAUUCUCAGCUCAGAUCCGAGUGAUACAUGCCAGGCCCUGGGAAUUCUGAGCAAAACGUAUGAUGCAGCCUCGUAUGUUUGUGAGGCUGCGUUUGAUGAAGUAAGGAUAGCUGCCCAUACCAUGGGAUCUACCAGCCUAGGUCGCCGGUAUCUCUGGUUAAAGGAUUGCAAAAUGAGUACAGCUUGUAAGAAUAAGCUGGCUGUUACUCCAUUUAAAGGUGGGACAUUAUUUGGAGGAGAAGUACAUAAGCUAAUUAAGAAACGUGUAGGUAAGCAGUAAUAAAGUUAGAAACAAAGACAUCUAAGAACUUAAAGGAGCUUUUCUAGGAGUUUUAGAUAUUUUUGUGCCAAGAUUUUCUUUACUUUGAAGGUCCUUUUUUUAGUUUCCACAUGAGGUUGAUUUCAGAAGUUUCCACCCGUCAAAUUGCUAUAUACAAGGAGUU